CGGGCAGCUUUAAUGAACAGAAACAUUUGGGGUCCUUUUACUUCACGUGUGCGCCUGCUGCUCUGCCAUCGUGAGUGGAAACCAUGCCUAAGUCGAAGAGGGACAAGAAAAUUUCGUUAACCAAGACAGCCAAGAAGGGGCUGGAGUUAAAGCAGAAGCUAAUCGAAGAGCUACGGAAAUGUGUGGACACCUACAGAUACUUGUUCAUAUUCUCUGUGGCUAACAUGAGGAAUAACAAGCUAAAAGACGUGAGGACUGCUUGGAAACACAGCAGAUUCUUCUUUGGCAAAAACAAAGUCAUGAUGGUCGCCUUGGGUAAAGGAGAAACGGACGAAUACAAAGAUAAUCUGCACAAGGUCAGCAAGUACCUACGAGGAGAAGUUGGUGUAAUGUUCACAAAUAAAACAAAAGAUGAAGUACAGGAGUACUUUGAUCAUUUCAAAGAAACAGAUUUUGCACGUGCAGGCAACCAGGCACAGAUGGACAUCACUCUGGACGAAGGACCUCUGGAACAGUUCCCUCACUCCAUGGAACCCCAGCUGAGACAACUUGGACUUCCUACAGCUCUUAAGAAAGGAGUGGUGACUCUGCUGAAGGACCACGAGGUCUGUAAGCAGGGAGAUGUUCUGACUCCGGAGCAGGCUCGUGUUCUGAAACUCUUCAGUGUUGAAAUGGCAGAGUUCAAGGUACAGAUCAAAUGUAUGUGGAACUCAGAAACAGGAGAGUUUGACAACCUCGGUGGGGAAGAAUCGAUGGAGAAGGAUGAAGAGGAGGAGGAGGAGGAGGAGAUUGAUGAAGAAUAAAAGGACAUCACAGGCUUGUAUGCUUGAUUUUAACAAAGGUCCCACUCUCCACCUGAGAAUCUGACACUGAAGCCAAUACUGUUGAUCCCCCGACCCCCCCUUCAACCUCAACAUGAACAGCUGUCCUUCAGCUUGAAUCAGUUUUUAGGGUUCAUCGUUGUUGAAAACCUCAGAUCAGAUUUAAGGCCUUACACAAACACACACCACCUAGUGGUGAAGUGGUGAACACUGUUCUAUUGUCCAUGUGUUUUUUUUUUAAAUGUGUAAGAAAUACAUUUGUUUAUGUUUAAGGAUUUCUUUUUUUAUGCAACAGCAACCAGAAAAGAUUAAAACUACAGGGGAAAAAACUCAA